AUGAAGGCUCCUUUUUUUCCGUCGUCUCUCUUUUUCGUCUCUUGUCUUGUCUUGUCUCCGUCCCGUCCCAUCGUCUCGUCGACCCCCCGGAGCCUCGGACACUCGCCGGCCAUGGACGACCCGACGCUACUCAUCCAUUGGCUCUUUAGCUGCUUGGCUCUUAUUAUCAUGGUGGCUCGGCUGGUCUGGAAAAAGGUGCACAUCUCCAGACAGGAAUACAACCUGGGCGACUGGUUCACAGUCGCCGCCAUUAUCUGCGCUCUGACGCGGCUCGGCCUCAUCCACGUCGUCUUGACUUGGGGCACGAACAACGUCUCGGCGGCAUAUCGAAAGAAUCACACAUUUACCGACGAGGAGAUCUACAGGCGGGAGAUCGGCAGCAAACUGUCCAUUGUGAACCGGGUCUUUUACAACUCCUACCUCUGGCUUCAGAAGCUCGUCCUGUUGGAUGUCUAUCGUCGACUGUUAUUGAAUCUUCGUUUCGAGAAGAUCACCAUCUGGUCAUUUUCCAUCAUCUUCUUCUGCACCUACGUCGCCUGCCAGGUGACGACGUUCAGCGAAUGCAAUCCCUUCCAUCUCUACUGGCAGGUUGUUCCUGACCCAGGCGCAUGCUCAAAGGCACAAAUGCAACUCGUCGUCGUCGGUGUCCUCAACAUCGUCACCGACUUUAUGCUACUCGUACUACCACUUCCCCUGGUCUUCUCCUUGAAGACGCCAUGGCAACGCAAAAUUCAGCUGUACGCCCUCUUCACGCUCGGCGUCUUCAUCAUCGCCAUUACCGUCAUUCGACUUCCGAUCAACAUUACGAACAAGGACAGUCAAAUCAACCGAACGACAUGGGCUAGCACCGAACUGCUCACCGCCGCGAUCGUGGUCAACGCGCCGACACUGUACGGAUUGUGGAACAAGAGGAGGCAAGCAAAGUCAUCGUCAAAAUCUCACGGCGGAACAUCGGGACUGCACUAUUACGGUCGAGGGACUAAUGUCUCUACGCAUCGGUCCACCGUCCGGCGCGGAAAUGCAGAGGAGGAGGCUUAUGCCAUGAGCACACGACGCAAGCUGGGUCCCAUGGAAGGAAUCAUGCAAACAAAGGAGGUGAUUGUGUCGGAAUUCAGGCAAGACACAGAUCGCAAGGCCGGGCCCUACGAGCAUCUCCCUGAUGACUUGGAGAGUGCAUCAAAUCACUCGAGUCAGCAUGGGAUAUUGAAGAACUAA